AUGAUGCUUCCACGUAACUCACCACAUCGUACAGAAUCAACAUUAGCGUAUAACAACAACAACAGUAACAACAACAACAACAACAACGGUAGCUCAUUAUUUCAAAGAAAACCUUUAGCGCCAAUAAAUAGUGAAUUCAAGAUAUCAAAACCACAACAUAUAAAACCCACUACCCAUUCUCAUACAUUUACCACACCUACACCGAAAACACGAAACACCGCCACCACCACCACCAACAACAACAACAGGAACAAUCAUCAAUAUAGAAAUCCCAAUUUGAAUACUUCACUUGUUUUCACACCAACGAAAAACUCAUCAUCAUCAUCAUCAUCGCAUUCAUCAAGUUUAUUAUCGUCAUCACCAUUUGUCGAAGAACCGGAAAAUCAACCAGAAUCAAAUCAUACUAGAGCUACAUCCCAUUAUAGAACAACUUCAACUUCUCAAUAUAAGUCAUCAGCUAAUAAGGAUGCAUCGCAUUCAUUGAUCACUAGUAGUAAAAGAAAAACAUCUACCAAACAAACAUCAGAAUCAACAAACCCUAAAAGAAGAACCACAACAACAGCUACCCAAAAUACAAAUAAUAACAAAAUUUUAAAUCCAUCAUUAUCGUCAUCAACUAUUCGCUUUUCAACUGUUUCUUCUUCUACCUCUUCUUCCACCACCUCAUCAUCAUCAUCAUCCCAUACAUCACCUAAACCUCAACAACAACUUACAUUAGAUGAUUUUGAAUUUGGUAAAAUUUUAGGGAAAGGAAAAUUAGGACGAGUUUAUUGUGUCAAACAUAAACAACUGGGACUUAUAUUUGCAUUAAAAGUGAUGUCAAAAUCAGAAAUUAUGAAUCUUAAAUUAGAAAAAAGUUUACGACGAGAAAUUGAAAUUCAAUCAAAUUUAUAUCAUAUAAAUAUUACUCGAUUAUAUUCAUGGUUUCAUGAUUCUAUUAAUAUUUAUUUAUUAUUAGAAUAUAGUAUAGAAGGUGAAUUAUAUACUCAUUUGAAAAAAUUAAAACGAUUUGAUAAUAUAAUGGCAAGUAAUUAUAUUUUUCAAAUCACUCAAGCAUUGAUUUUUUUACAUCAACGUGGAAUAAUUCAUCGUGAUUUAAAACCAGAAAAUAUUAUGGUAUCUUUAGAUAAUCAAUUAAAAUUAAGUGAUUUUGGUUGGUCAGUACAAAUAAAUCAGAAUCAGAAUCAGAAUCAGAUUCACAACCAAACUCAAACUCAAAAAACUCCCCAUCAGAAGAAGCAAAAACAGAAAAGAUUAACUAUAUGUGGUACAUUAGAUUAUUUACCUCCAGAAAUGAUUGAAAGUAAAUCUCAUGAUUUUUCCGUUGAUAUUUGGGCCCUUGGUAUAUUAUGUUAUGAAUUACUUGUGGGGAAACCACCAUUUGAAGCAAUUAAUCGAAAUAUAACUUAUGAAAAAAUCGCUAAAGUAGAUAUUAAAUAUCCUUCUAAUCUAGACGUCGAUGCUAUUGAUUUAAUAUCAAAAUUGGUGGUUAAAGAUCCAAAUAAAAGAUUAAGUUUAAAAGAAGUAUUGAAUCAUAAUUGGAUAAUUAAAAAUAAACCAAAAUGGCCAAAAAAUAUUUACAAAUGA